AUGCGCGAGUCCCCGCGUGGUGCAGGUGCCAGGUUGGGGUGGGGGGGGCCCCCCUCCCCCACCCCCACCCCCCACCCCGUCAGCACCCUGGAGGUGGGGGCCGCCCCCCCCGCCGCCCCCCCCCGCGGGGUCAGGGGGGGGGUCAAGGGGGGGGGCGGCCCCUCCCCUCUGCUCCCCUGGACCGUGGAGACGCUUGACGACGCCUCGCACACCUUCCUGCUGCAGAAGGGAGCGAGUGGAGGUACUCUGCUCGACUCGGUGUGGACGCUGCUGCGCGUUGUGGAGUGCGACUACUUUGGCCUGGAGUUUGAGGAUCAGCGCGGAAAUCAGGUGUGGCUGGACGCCAGGAAGAGGAUCACCAAGCAAGUGAGAAAACCCUCCAUGGUGACGUUCAAGAUGAGCGUGAAGUUUUUCCCUCCGGACCCUGGACAGCUGUUUGAUGAACUCACGAGGUAUCUGUUUGUGCUGCAGGUGAGGAGAGAUCUUUCUCAUGGCCGCCUGCCAUGCAGCGACACCUCCAGAGCGCUGCUGCUCUCUUACCUGUUGCAGGCGGAGGUGGGCGACGCCACGGAGAGCGCGGCGCGUCACUUCCUGCGCACCGAGGGGCCAAUCACGUCACUCGCUCCGCUCGUUGAGGCCUCAGCCCUGCACAUGCACCAGCAGCACCGUGGACAGAGCCCCGGGCAGGCCGAGCUGCAGGUGCUGGACGUGGCGAGGAAGCUGGAGUGGUUCGGACUGCGCCUGGUCCCCACCGCCACCACCAGGAGGGACGGCGGCAACCCCCUCCACCUCGCCCCCACGCACUCCGGCAUCGUUGUCUACAGGGGCAGCACGAAGCUGAAUUUGUGUUCCUGGGCCAAGAUCCGCAAGCUGAGCUUCAAGAGAGAACGCUUCUUCCUGAAGCUGCACGCAGAGGGUGACGAGUUUGAGUCUUCGUGGAGCAGCGUGGACACGCUGGAGUUCACACUGCCCGACCGCGACGCCUGCAAGCGCCUGUGGAAGCGCUGCGUGGAGACGCACGCCUUCUUCCGCUCGAUGCCUCCCCCCCCCUCCUCCUCCUCUUCCACCUCCACCACCACCUCCACCACCAACACCUCCACCACCACCACCACCGCCGCCGCCGCCGCGUCCCGGCGCGACCGCCGACACCGCACGGCGCUCUUCGGCCACGGCUCGGCGUUCCACUACAGCGGGCGGACACAGCAGCAGUUGAUAGAACAUGUCAAGCAGAAUGGGCUCAAGCAGACUGCCUUCACCAGAAAACAUCACCUCCCUCCUCGACGCAGCGUCUCAGUCCAGGCGCCGCAGAUGUGCCUGCCGUUGACCACACGGAGUUCAAGCUCCUCGUACGGAGCGCUGCUCCUCUCCUCCCCGCAUCUCCACUUGGGCGACGCCGACAACGUCGCCGCCGGCAACGUCACCGCUGGCAACGUCGGCAACGUUGCCGCUGGCAACGUCGGCAACGCUCUCGCCUCCUCGCCGCAUCGCCCUCCUCACCAUCAGCAUCGUCACCAGCUGCCCCACCACCACCACCUUCAACAGCAGCAGCAUCAACAACAACGACAACAACAACAACAGCAGCAUCAGCAUCAACAACAACAGCAUCAACAGCAGCAGCAUCAUCAACAACAGCAGCAGCAUCAACAUCAACAGCAGCGCGGCACCUCGGGGCGGCUGACGCCGGGCGACGCUGGCGAGGUGGACGACGGAGCGAGGAGGGGCAGCGGUGCCCUCCACGCGUCGCCAUCGUCGGUAUCCUCCUCCUCCUCCUCGUCGUCGUCAUCGUCGUCGUCCGACGGGGCUCCGUCACCGGCCGGAAGAGCGGGACACUGGCCGGUGGCCGUGUCUCCGCCGCGUGUCUCCGCCGCGUCCCCGGGGCGUGGGGACGACGUCUCCGCGUCGUCGUCGUCCCCCCCGUCGCUCUCGCCGUGCCUCAGCGACGUGAGCGGCUGCAGCUCCCGCACGGACGAAGACGCCGGAGGAGCCCCCGCCGCCGCCGGAGGUGGGGGUCAUCGCAAGCGUGUGCCGGCAGACCGGGCCUACUUCAUCACCAAGGAGCUUCUGGCGACGGAGCGGACCUACCUGCGGGACCUGGCCGCCCUCGUCACGUGUCUGGGUGGAGGAGGUGGAGGAGGUGGAGCGAGUGCUGCUGCUGCCCAGCUGCUGCCGGCACCGCCGCCGCCGCUGCUGCUGCUGCCCGCCAUCGCUUCUCUGCAGCUGCUCCACGCGGACUUCCUGCGCCGCGUGGAGCAGCGGAUGGCGCUCUGGGAAGGGAGGUCCAAUGCCCACCUCAAAGGCGACUUCCAAAAAAUUGGAGACAUCCUCCUGCACUUCAUUCAAACCCUGAAGGCCCAGCUCCCCCUGCUGCUCUCUCUGGAGUCUCUGCAGGGGGAGCUGCUGCUGCUGCCGCCCCCCUCCCAGGGUUGGGGGGGGCACCCCCCGAACGAGACCCCCCACGCCCCCCCCCACGCCUCCCCCCCGCGGCCGCCGCUGCGCCUCUCGUCGGCCGGCGGCCUCCUCGCGAAGGCCUUGCAGCGGCCGCCUCACUACGCGCUGCUGCUCGCUCGCCUGUGCGCCCACUACCCAGACGCGCACCCGGACCGCGGAGACUGCGCCGCCGCGCUGCAGGAGGUGUCGCGCAUCACCGACGCUACGCAGGAGGCAGCGGCUCGCAUGGAGAAUGCGGAGAAGCUGGCCGCACUGGAUCGCGACGUCGUGGGGAUCGGCAAGCUGAGCAUUCCCGGAAAGGUGUUCGUGCGUGAGGGUCGCCUCUUGAAGCUCACGCGCUUGGGGCCCCAGCAGCGCAUGUUCUUUCUGUUCCUGGACGCGCUUGUCUACACGCGCCGGGACCUCACGGCCCACAACCAGUUCCCUGUGGCCGGGCACAUUCCCCUGCACGGCAUGAUCCUCAUCGUUUUGGAACCACCGGAGGGAGAAGGUCACGUGGCAGCCUCCAACUGCUUCACCAUCUUCUCGGCUCACAAGUCCAUGGUGCUGUCUGCCAGUUCUCCCCAGGAGAUGGAGGCUUGGCUCUCGGACCUGGACCAGGCGAUUUGUCACGCAAAGAGGAGUGGUGGAGGAGGUGGAGGAGGUGGUGGUGGAGGUGGAGGAGGUGGAGAGGGGAUUGUGGUGGAGAGUGAACUUCAGCCCAACUCGCUGAGUCACGUGUGCUGGCUGCGGGGUCACAGCCUCUCCCUCUGCGACAACCUCAUCAUGGCCAAGAGUCAGCUGUCUGGCUACCUGCUACGCAAGUUCAAGAUGAGUCGAGGUUGGCAGAAGCUUUGGGUCGUCUUCUCCAAUUUCUGUCUCCACUUCUACAAGAACCAUCAGGAGGACGCCCCGCUCGCGAUCCUUCCCCUGCUGGGCUACUCGGUGUCUGCGGUGGAGGACGACGACGACACCGACGCCGGUGACGCCCGCGAGGGAGCGGCGGUGGCGACGGCGUCGUCGCAGCGUGACGGCGAAGACGGCGGGAGAUUCGACUUCGUCUUCCGCCUGCGUCUCCGUGCUCACAGCUACCUGUUCCGCGCCGAGGGGCAGUUCACCUUCCACAGGUGGUUGGAAGUGCUGUCCAUCUGCAGAGGCCCCACUCGGAGCAGUCUGUGGGACACACCCCAAGAUUGACAACCACAGUAACACCUCCACCUGGCCAUGUCGGAGACACUGCGACAUCACAGCUGGGAGCCUGGGUUCGAGCCCUGGGUCUGGGUGUCUCUCUCUCUCAGGGGGUUCACAAUGGCCGUGUCAGAGACACUGCGACAUCACAGCUGGGAGCCUGGGUUCGAGCCCUGUGUCUGGGUGUCUCUCUCUCAGGGGGUUCACAAUGGCCGUGUCAGAGACACUGAGACAUCACAGCUGGGAGCCUGGGUUCGAGCCCUGUGUCUGGGUGUCUCUCUCUCUCAGGGGGUUCACAACGGCCGUGUCGGAGACACUGAGACAUCACAGCUGAGAGGCUGAGUUCGAGCCCUGGGUCUGGGUGUCUCUGUCUCUCUCAGGGGGUUCACAAUGGCCGUGUCGGAGACACUGAUACAUUACAGCUGAGAGCCUGGGUUCAAACCCUGGGUCUGGGUGUCUCUCUCUCUCUCAGGGGCUUCACAAUGGCCGUGUCAGAGACACAGAGACAACACAGCUGAGAGCCUGGGUUCGAGCCCUGGGUCUGGGUGUCUCUCUCUCUCAGGGGGUUCACAACGGCCGUGUCAGAGACACUGAGAGCCUGAGUUCGAGCCCUGGGUGUGUCUCAGGGGGUUCACAAUGGCCGUGUCGGAGACACUGAUACAGCACAGCUGAGAACCUGGGUUCAAGCUCUGGGUCUGGGUGUCUCUCUCUCUCAGGGGGUUCACAACGGCCGUGUCAGAGACACUGAAACAUCACAGCUGAGAACCUGGGUUCAAGCCCUGGGUGUGCCUCAGGGGGUUCACAACGGCCGUGUCAGAGACACCGAGUCAUCGUCAUGAGUCUGGCACGACCAUGAAGAACCUGGCAUAGCGACUAUGAACCCCACAGGAGCUGUGAGCCUCUCCCUCGUGAUGCAGCAGGUGGCGCUACGCCUCUGAGCUCCCACACAGGGGCGCCGCGGUGGCUAGGAGAUGUUGACUACCUCGCCUGGUAUGCAGGAGGUCGUAGGUUCUGUCCGGACCCUGACGUAUAUUUGUAGUUAGUGUAUCUGUCUCUCAUCAUCAUCAUCAUCAUGGUGGCUAGGAGAUGUUAACUACCUCGCCUGGUAUGCAGGAGGUCGUGGGUUCGACCCCGGCCCAGACGCCUGCUGCUGUAUAUUUGGAGUCUGCGUCUCUCUCCCAUCAUCAUCAGAGUGGCUAGGAGAUGUUGACUACCUCGCCUGGUACGCAGCAGCAGGCGUCAACAGGGUCGGGAUCGAACCCAUGGCCUCCUGCAGACCAGGCAAGGUAGUUAACAUCUCCUAGCCACCGUGAUGAUGAUGAGAUCGAGAGAUAGACGGAGAUAGAUGAUGAGAGGAGGAUAUGGUGAAGAGAUGGAGUGAGCGAGAGAGCGAGCGACAGAGCGAGAGAGCGAGCGAGAGAGUGAGCGAGAGGUGGGGGUUUACAUAAAGCAAAGUUGUUAAAAAAAAUUACGAAAUAAUGAACGAAGCAAAGUGCCGACUACACCGAGCAUCUUCUUGUUUCCACUGAUCGUAAAAAAAAGAUAGAGAGAGCGGUGCAGAGAGAUGGAGAGAGACAGAGAGACAGGGAAAGACGGAGGGACAGAGACAGAGAGAGAGACGAGGGAGAGACAGAGAGACAGAGAGAGACAGAGAGAGACAGAGAGAGAUAGAGAAAGACGGAGGGAGAGAGACAGAGAGAGAGAUGAGGGAGAGAGACAGAGAGACA